AAUGUCAGUCAUGGCUGCUGGAGAGAAAAUCAGAUGGCAUUCUACUUUUCCAAGAAGAAAUGGAGUUUCUGAUCCGUAUUUACACAUCGGAUACCAAUCACUAACUCUAUGCAGCAGAAAUGGUCGCCAGUAAGGGGCCAGGGGUCCUACUCAUUCUUUCCUGGAUCUGCGUUUGUGCCAAUGCAGAAAGUUGGCCUUCAUCCUUCUAUGGAGAGAGUUACAUCCGGGUGCCAUUCCAGGAGGCAUCCAAAUCCUCUGAGAUUAAACUCUACUUCAAGACUCACCGCCCACAUGGCUUGCUCCUUCUUGCAGCAGGGACCACAGACUACUUUGCCGUGGAGCUCAGGUCCGGCAUUGUCAAAGUCAGGGUCAAUCUGGGCUCGGGGGAGGCCACGGUGCAGUCCACCCCGGGCCUACGCUUGGACGAUCUCCAGUGGCACUUUGUGCACAUAAACCGUACUCAAAGCAAAGUGACGCUAAAUGUGGACAAUGUUGUUUUGAACACGGUUGAGACCCCAGGAUCAUACCAUGAGCUGAACAUUGAACAUGGGAUAUUUCUGGGGGGCAUUGGGACUUUCACUGAUGUGUACAUCGGAAAUUUCCCCAACUUCCGCGGGUGCCAAAGAGAUGUGUAUUUCAAUGGCUAUGACAUUCUGAGGCAGGCAAGACUUCUUAACAGCCCUCUGUACACGUUUGAGAUAUUCUGGGAUUGUGAUGAUGAGUUUGAUGCUGGUUCAUACAAGCCUAUCAGUUUUAACACAGAGACAUCAUUUGUGGCGUUCCCUCACCUGCAUAUACGAACAGAAGGAACAUUUUCAUGUGACCUGGUGACAAAAGCCGACAAUGCUAUUGUCCUGUUUAAUUCAGGCAGAAGGUCGUCAGCUCAAGACUUCAUUGCAAUAGAAAUACUGAAAGGGAAACUACAAUUAUCCAUCAACAGUGGGAGUGGCAUAAUAUCUGUACCAUCAGACAUUGUUGUGAAUGAUGGUCUGUGGCAUCAGGUUGAUAUGACCCUGACAACAACGACAAUGGAGUUGUCUGUCGAUGAGGUGAGACAAGAAACAACAUUCAACCUUGGUGAUAACCAGUACCUGAAUCUAGCCGGACAUAUGUUUGUAGGUGGUCUUGGACUCAAGGCAAGAACACAUGCCAUAAAGAUAGGCCUGGAGUCAUUGCAGGGUGACCGAGGAAUGAAAGGGUCAAUGACUGGAUGCAUAAAGAACAUUGUUGUGAACAAAAGAACUUAUGGGUUCAGGGAUGUUCAGAUUUCUCGACUUGUUGAUCCUCAGUGUUCAGGACGUUUUCCCUGUGCACCUGAGCCAUGUAUUGAAGGUGCUAAUUGUGUGGAAGUUAACAAGGAAGACUUCCAGUGUGUCUGUGAUAAGACUGUGUGUACCAAAGAGACACCAGAUAAAAUCCCUGGAGUUGUCUCCAGCAAUGAUCCCCGUGAAGUGCUAGCCAUUGAGGAGUUGAAGGUUCAGGAAGGAGCAGAGGCCCCAAUUACCACCAACAUUAUUGAUGUGAUAUUUGAUUAUCAGGCCUACAGGCUGAGGGAGUCUGCCAUAAUGUUCCAUGUGAAAGUAGCCCCUCAAUAUGGACGUAUUGAUGUCAACUUGCGAAGGAGAAGGAAUGGUGGAAAGUUCACACUCCUUGAUCUGAUUGGGGAAAAAAUCUCCUAUAUUCAUGAUGGAACUGAUACCAGAAGUGAUGAUGUGACUCUUGAAAUGACCAUAUCCUCAGAUAGCCAAAAUGUACCUGAGAAAUACAAAGGAACAUUUGCUUUUGUUGUGCCAAUUAAGAUAAUACCAAGGAAUGACCCGCCAAAGAUUAUCGUUCCCUCGGGAAAUGUUAUUCAGGUCAUUGAACGUUCAAAAUUCCAGAUGACAAAAUUGGUCCUUGACGUUAUAGACCCAGAUUCUGAUCCUUCUAAUCUGGAAUACUCUGUAACCUAUUUGAGGCAGGGAGGUGGAUAUUUUGAAAAGUCCAAUGCAACUGGACAAAGACUGAAGACGUUUACUCAAGCUGACAUCAAUACAGGAUUGAUCUGGUUUGUACAUGAGGGUCAGGCUACUUCUUUCCUGCGUCUGAAAGCAAGUGAUGAGUCAUCAAACAGUGAUGCUGUUGAUCUUCGAUUUACAGCUGUAGAUAUGAAGCUUGAAAUUACAGCCAAUUCUGGCAUAUUUGUAUUUCAUGGGAUGUCCAAGCUUAUCCUUCCUGAAAACCUGACCACUGUUACCAAUGUCCCUUCUCAGCAAAUUGAAAUCAGGUACCGCAUAUCUCAACAGCCGAAGUAUGGAGAAAUUCAAAGACGACAACAUGGUGAUGAGGAGUGGACACCAGUAGAAACCUUCAGCCAGAGACACAUUGACAAGAAAAGACUGCGAUAUUCUCAGACAAAGUUUGGCCAAUUUCCAACUUCAGACAGUUGCAUGUUUACAGUCACAGCAAAGGAUGUCUCUCUGAGUGACACAGUGUUCCAGAUUGUUUUCCAGACUGUGACUCUGAGGCUGCAGAACAUUGCAAAGUUGGUUGUUCUACACUCACCUUACACCAUCCUGAAGAGUGAACACUUCCUGGCUGUUGCUAAUACUGAAAUUCCAGCUGACAGAAUCUUCAUAUCUAUCAUGAGACCCCCAAGUCAAGGUGGACUGUAUAUUUUCAGAAACCCUGUCCGAGAUGUGACUGAAUUUGAUCAGAGAAGAUCUCUAAAACGCAACUCUAACUUCACCCAACAGCAGAUAAAUGACGAAAAGAUCUAUUUCAAAGUUUACAAACCAUCCUUCAAGAAAUUUGAAGAUUUCCUAGAUUUGAAGAUAUCAUUUGCUGGUGCAGAAUCUAUUAUGACCCGCUUCUUGGUGGAGUACAUACCAAUGAAAAGUUCAGUCAGAUUUACCAACAAUGGUUUGAAGAAUGUCAUCGAAGGUGGUAAAAAAGUAAUUGAAAAAGAUGAUCUGUUUCUUGAAAUGGACAAUUAUAGAGACUUUCAAUUCUCAAUCAUGACACCAACAAAACACGGAACUCUUAAAUUGGUAGACCCAAGAUCCCAUGCUGUGGUUGCCGAUGAUAUCUCCAGGUUUACAACAAAAGAUAUCCAGCUGGGGAAACUGACCUACCAGCACGAUGAUUCUGAACACAGUGAGGAUUCCUUUAUGUUCUCAGCUGCCCCUAUAAUUAACACAGCAGACAAAGCCAUGGAAAUUCAGGAAUUUUCUGGGACGUUCACAAUACAUAUUCGCAUGAGGAAUGACAACCCUCCUGCUAUUCUAAUUAACAAAGUGUUCCAUAUAGUAAAGAAUAAGGAACGCUUGCUUACAAUAGAUGACCUUGAAGCAAUUGAUCCAGACAUUGAAUAUAAUUCUGACAAUUUGAAGUUCACCAGAAAAGGGAUGAGAAAUGGAGAAAUCCUUGAUUCCAAAACUAAAGAACCAGUGUUUGAGUUCUCCCAAGAAGACCUGAAAGAGAAGAAAUUAGUGGUGAAGCAUCGAGGAGCUGAGAGUGAUCAGGCAGCAAUAUUCGUUACGGAUGGACAAUUUGUGAAACCCUUCCUGUUCCAGAUCCGUGCUUCGGAUCCGUACAUCAAAAUCAUCAACAACACUGGCAUCAAGGUCCAGAAAGGCAGUUAUGCUUCACUGACUACAACAAAUCUUAGUGUGGAGACAAAUGUUGAUGUCACACCUGAAGAAAUCAACUUCGUUUUAACAGAAGAACCAUCAAGUGGUCACUUGAGGAAGGGGAAAAUGGUCUCUGAGUUCACCUUUGCAGACAUCAUUGCUGGAAAUGUCAGGUACUGGAAUGAUGGGGGUAAGGAAAUGGAGGACAAGUUUAAAUUUGCUGUUCUUGCCAAAGAAGCUAGGGUCAAUGGAGUUUUCCCAGUGAUGGUCUUUCUUGAAAGUCAAAUGCAUCCUCCGGAGAUAGUGCAUAACAGAUUUCUUGAGGUCCCCGAAGGUUCCAGUGCCACAAUCACCAAGGGACAUCUACAUGUAGUCCAUCCAGCUGCUCUGCCCAAAAACAUUGUGUUCACUAUUGAAACUCUUCCAUCACAUGGAGAUCUCAAGAUUAAAGGUAGAACUGUUCGAAACCUGGCCCAAGCAAGAUUUUCACAAUCUGAUAUUGAUUCUGGGCUUGUUGCCUAUGCCCCUAGAGAAGUAAAUUUCUUGACUGAUAAAAUUGUAUUUGAGGUCACCAAUGGUAUUCAAACAUUAAGUAAUUUGGAAUUCUUCAUAGAAAUUGUACCAGCACAUCUCCCUCUGAUUGCUAAAAACCUUACAGUAAUCGAAGGUGCGAGAAUUCAACUGACAAACAAAAUGAUAAGUGUGAAAGGCCGAUACUUCAUGGGAAAAGAAAUCAUCUACAAAAUUGUAGUUCAACCUUUGCACGGAUGGAUUGAUUCAAAUGACAGGGAAGGGACACGUAUAAACAGGUUUACAUCUUCAGACCUUGCCAACAACAAGGUCUCCUAUGAACACGACAAUGAUGAAAGCCUGACAGAUUCAUUCUCAAUGAUUGCUCAGAUGGCUGACAACAGCAAGAGAAGCCUUCAGCAGGCAGUGUAUGUGAAUGUGAUUCCUAUCAAUGACAAGCCACCCCGUGUGGUGGUGAACAAGGUCCUGGAAGUGUGGAAGGGCUCGACUACAGUCAUGAGCAACCGCAGUCUUCUUGCUGAGGAUCCAGACUCCCCAGUCUCGGAGAUCACGUUCAUGGUGUCUGAUGUCUACAGUGGCCAUGUGGCGUACAUUAAUGACUCUUCACUUUCCAUUAAAGAGUUUACUCAAGAAGAAGUUGAUAAAGGACUUGUUGUUUUUGUUGAAACAGGUGAGGAUGAUGGUGGCUUCAUGUUCCAGGCUACAGAUGGUACUAACCUGGACACUACCCAUCAGUUCAGGAUCAAGACCAAACCACUUAUACUCACAAUGCAGGUGAAAAAUGACCUGCAAGUUUUCCCCAACACUAUGCAUCCUAUUACUGCAGACGUCUUGUAUGCUGUCACCAGUGACAAAAACUUUAAGAGCAUUAUGUUCAGCAUUACAUCGCCGCCUCAGAAGGGAGAAAUUGUCAACUUGGUCAGUGGACGGCCUCAGAGAGUGUCCUCGUUCAGUCAGGAGGACAUUGAAAGGAAGAGGAUAUUCUACAAGCAUGCUGGUUACAUCUCUGGGUGGUCCGACUCUGAUCAGUUCAGGUUUAAUGUAUCCACAGCUUAUGCUCAGCCUCUUCCUGAAGCAAUGAGAGUUGACAUUUCUUACGGGAAUAUCAACACAGGUAAUGAGAAUACAUUGCUGAGAGUGUCCAGAGCUGUGGUGGAUGAAGGUAAGGAAGUGGCACUUAGAAAGGAAAAUUUGGACCUGACAGAGUUGGAGAUGAGACUGAGACAGUUUGGCAGAGGCCUCAGUGUUGAUUACGUCCUGAUGAGUUUACCAAGACACGGUGUGCUUUAUGAACAUAGGAGGGAGCUGCAGCUCUUUGAAACUUUCAGUCAGUCUGUAUUGAACCAAGGCUUGAUAAGAUACAAGCAUGAUGAUUCAGACACUACUGAAGAUUCCUUUGAGUAUGCUGUGAGGAUUCAGAAACCUCUAGGCUCUGUUAGCCUUGCAGAUAGUUAUGUUACCAACUUUACAAUAACUAUCAAUCCUAUCAAUGACCAACCGUUUAAAUUAGUGACAAGAAAUCCACAUGUAAGAGUGGUACAGGGAGAUUCAAACAACAUCACAGGAGAAAAUCUGAAAACAACUGACCUUGACACACCACCAGAUGGCAUUGUGUACAAUAUUGUUACUGGACCUCAAAAUGGCAAGCUGAUUUUCUGGGACUUUCCCAACAUUAAAAUCACAACCUUCACGCAAGCUGACUUGGACAAGGGAAGAUUGCUGUUUCAACAUGAUGGCUCCAAACAACCAGGAGCCUUUUAUUUUAAAGUUUCUGAUGGAAAGUUUUCACCUUAUUACAAGAUUUUCAACAUCCAUGUUAUUCCACUGAAGAUUGAGGUUCUUUCAAACAAGCCUGUGGAACUGGUACAGUCACAUUCAUCUGUGUAUGUCACCACUAAAUACUUCAAUAUCACAACCAAUGGCCAUGUGGACAACAUUUGGUAUGAGAUUACAAAAGGGCCAGAAUAUGGCAAAAUAUACUUUCAGGAUAGUGGCACCAAGACAUUUUCACAGGCAGAUUUAGACAAGAAUGUCAUUCUCUACAUCCAGAAGGACAUGACCGCAGGGGCUGACUUUUUCAUGUUUGAUCUCUACACAAAAAAUAUUGAUUUCCGUUUGCGUGAUCAGCGAAUUGACAUCACAGUAAUUCCUCUGAUUAAACAAGGGCCUUUUGAAGCUCCUGCAGGCUCUACAACAGCAAUAACUGUGUUCAGUCUGGAUGCUAGUGAACUUGCUAACAUAACCGGGGGUAACGCAACAUUUGAUGUUUCAGACCCUCCAAAACAUGGCAGUAUUGUGAGGACAAAAAGCAGAGGAAGGAGAGCCUUAAAUUCAGAUGAUUAUGCUGAGGUGGAUUCAUUUACCCAUGAGGAUGUCAUUUAUACAAAGGUGUAUUACGUUGCUGACGUACCGUAUGAUCCGAAUGUCAGAAGUGAUAACUUCAGCUACAGUUUGCGAGCUGCCGGCGUUCAGCCUGCAGAAGGAGUGUUUUCUGUUCGGCUUGAGCCCCCUGAACCUGAAGCCGUGACUAAAACGCCCUUCCGACCACAUGUGACACCAAGAUAUAGGGAUCGAGACCCAGGAGGUGGUGGUGCAAUCCCACCAGAUGAAGAUGAGGAACCUUCAACAGAUAAUUCAGAAAAGGAGUCCGACCCAACCUCGAAGGAAGCUAAGAAUCCUAACAUAAGCAAUGACUACAUUAUUGUGGCAGUGGUAGUGAGCUUAGUAUUACUCAUUGUAAUUAUAGCUGUUGUAAUUGUGUUGCUGUUGAGGUGGAAGAGAAGGCGGGAUAUGGUCCGAGAGGAGACCAAGACUCGACCUAAGCCUCGGCCGUAUAUCAGUGGCCCACUACAGCUGGAGCAGCCCCAUGUUCACAUUGAGCCUCAAGUGGAAUCAGUCCCUGGAGGGUAUGACCAAGCUGUGACCACAGGACACAAUGCUGCUAGUAACAUCCCAGUCAUUAAUGUAUCACACGGACAGGACUUCCAAGACAAAAAUGUGUCCUCUCCUCCAAGGUCACCAGAUCUGAGUCGACAGGAGGUCAGUAAGACUGUGCCUGCAUGUAAGGUUACACCUUUGAUUGAGAUCCCUGAGUCCACCACAGAGGAUGCCAGUGCAGAAGAUAGUCUCAAAUCUACAAGUGGUGAAUUGUUUAACUUUGACUGGAACUUGAUGGAUCCUGACCUGCUUCAACACUGUAGGACAACUACUCCAGUAUUAAGAAAGAAUCAGUAUUGGGUGUAAUGGUAGAAUUCACAAUCAUGUCUGCUAGUCACAAAAGGGUUUAUUUGUCAGCGGCAUUAUUGAAGUGAUCGCAGAUAUAGGAGAAUGCAUAUUUUGUUGUGAAAUAAUCAGGGUCAAAUUUGGUGAUCUCGGAUUAGUGGACUUGCCCUUCUUUGGAACUCUGCAGUGCAUUGUUUUCUUGGAACUGCUGCAGACUUGAUGAUUGGUUGAUGGAUAAAGUGAUGAAGUGUGACAAAAAGCACAAAAAUAUAAAUUGGUCGCCAUGGUAACCAGGAUGAUGACAGUUACAGUUUUAUAGAUCUGAGUUCAAGCAUCACAAAGGAUUGUUUGUGUGGUAGUUUGAGUCUGUAAGGAACAGAACUGACAAGUGAAGAUUUGAAGAUUAAUCAUGUUACAAUAAAAAAGACUGACUUCUCGAAACUUCUCCACUAGUCUCAGUAACCAUAGCAAUGUUAGUGUGCCUCCUAGUGAUAGGUCUGUGCAGAUUUCAACAGUUUUUUGAUGCAAUAUAUUCACAUUUUGGAGUUACGAUUUGUGUAAUCAUCAUCUAGUGUUUAGCUUCCUGAUCAACUUCUGUAAAGUUGCAGUCAUCUAUUGUUUGUCUUAUGCCAGAGUUGUCAAACUUGCCAAUGGUGUGUGUAUACAUUCCAUAUGUAUCACAUGAUUGAAUGUUGACAUAAAUAUGUUUAAAAAAAAAAUACCAGUAAUCAUUGUAAUAAUCAUUGUAAUAUAAUAAUAGCCUUCUUUUGUAAAGUGCAAGAACAGUGGACAUUUCAUCUGUUCAACCUUCAGUCAUCAUAAAAAGUUUAAUAAUACUGUUGGUACAAGCCCUCAUGCAAACAAUGUGCUUCAUUUUAUUAUUGUUGAAAUAUCUUUGGAAUUUGCAGUAUGUGACUUUAGCCUGAAUCCGUUAUCUUUAGUAAUCUCAGCUGAUAUUAGUCUACAUUAUAGCACAACAAUCUACAGCAAAUGAUCUUAAGAGCCAAGCUUUGGUUAGUGAAUGUAUUUGGCACAGACUGGAUAUCUGCUGCCAGGUAGGUAGAUCUGUAGAAUACAGCACUGUUUUCAUCAUGUGACAAAUAGUGAACAGACAAUUUGGUGUUAAUCAAUCCCUUUACACAACAGACAGCCUUUGCCCUGUUGAUAGGCAGACAGGUUUAUAUUGCUUCUGUAGAGGUAUACCUACUUCCGAUAUUUAAUAUGAUGUUUAUUAUACACAUGUUAUAUAAUUGCAAUGUAGUUAAGUUUUGUAAUCAAUUAAAAGCCAUUGAGAUUGAGUCCACACUCUUUCUAUUUUGUGGUCAGUGGUUCAAUGAAACAGAUGAGUAGAAGGUGAAAUCAGAACGAAUAUUUGUUUAUAUGAAAAUAGUGGCAUUUUGUGUGAGGGAAAACAAUGAAAUUAUUUUUGAAUGUUUUCAGCUGUGUAAUGUUUAAGUUUGUCAAAUUGAAACCUUGAAAAAAUGCUGGAUAUAAUGUUUGGUGUAUUAACUUGUAGAUUACAUUAAAAGUAGUAUUUGCAAAGAGGGACAUGUUUUUGAACAAUUCUGUUUUAGUUUGCAAAUAAUGCUCUUUAUAUUCUUUUGGAUAUUUUAUUACAUGCACUGAAAGCAGACUGUUUUAAGGUCAAUUACUUCCUGUUACUAUUGGCAACCAGACAUGUUGCAGGAGUACCUUAUUCAGCGGAAUGGUGCCAACAUUUUACAGUUUCAUCUUUUGAAUGUUUUAAAUGAGCAAGGGUAUAUUUUAAGCUCAAACCCUCCAAAACCAAGUGACCAACUGUCUCGCAACAUUAUCAACUCAUUGAAUGGCUUAUGGCACUUUAAGGAUAUGUACAUGGUAAGGCAAACAUGUCAUUACUGGCACAUCCAGCAUGUUACAACCUUUGUAUUCAACAUGUGUGACAAAAUGGUUUGUUGACGUGUCCACUUGGUUUGUAUUGUUUUUCUUGCUGUGGCUUCAUCGUACUAUUGCAAGACAGAAUCAUGCCAGGAUCUGGAUGAUUGACGCCAGUAUUUUCAAGUCUUACAUUUUGUUGGACCAACUGACAUUUUUCAUUAAUGUAUGUAAGAUCUUAUGUUUAGUGGUGUAACUUUGCUUUAUAUUUGUCUAUUGGCAAGGGAAUGAGUGUUAUGCAAAAUGGACAUAAUUGUGUUACUCAUUGAUGGGAAUGAAUUGUUUCUUGUUACCAUGGUCACCAUGUUCAAGGUAUUCAGCACCUUUGCUGCUUUGUAGAUUGACGAGUUUGUGUUUAGAGAUGUAUAUUCAAUGAUUGUAACAUUUACAAAAGCACAAUCAUGAUUGUAAGGCUUUACUGUCUUAUCAGAGCUACAGUGGUCUUCAUCCAACUUGGCCAAAACUUAGAUUUAAUAAAUCAAGAUAAAGGGUACACACUUAGUUAAUGACACUAUUUGCAUUUACUCAUGGAAUACUAAAUGAACUACCGGAAAAUUGUUAUAAACAUGAGUAUUUGAUACAUCAUAUUAAAUUUAAUAUUUUGCCUAAAUUCCUUUUCUGAGAAUUUAAAGACUUCAGGAUUUGAAACAUUAUCUUUUUCUUGAUGUUUGAGACUGCUAUUUUUGUUAAAAGUUCAGAACAACGCAAAUGAGCAUUCUUUACAGUCACUUUCAGUGUGUAGCACAUUGCAUUUUCACUUUGUGAUUGUACAUACUGAUGAAUGGUACUAAUGCGGUUAGAUCUGUGCUGAAAGCAGUCUCAGAACAUAUUGCAUAGGUGUGAUGGUACAUAGUCUGCAUCUGUGUGUAGUUAUUGAUGUGAACCAGCAGAGGUUGUGUGAGCAGUAAUCUACACUGAAAUACCAGGACCCAAUUUGUGUUUAGACAACUUCAACAUGUCAAUGCUCUUAUGUCACACAACAAUCUUGCACACUGAUUCUACUUCCGAAAUGUUGGUUAUUAGAUCUAUACAUAUGCAGAGUCUGUCACAUCCGUAAAACUUAAGGAAUUGGGUUCUGUUGAUUAAGUGCUAUGGAAGAUCACUGGAUCCCCUUUAAUUUUGAGGAAUUUUUAAAAGUUAUGUUUUGUGUGUAUUCUGGGUGUUGGAUAUCAGUUGCAGAAAGUCCUUAAUUUUGGUUUAAUGUGCAUGUCAUGAUACAUAUAACAUGCUUCCACAUUGGAAGGAACCUUACUUCUACAUUGGAUAGAUUCUUUGUACUGACUACAUGGCCAGAUGUACAACAAGGCUGUUGAAGGGCACCUGCUAAUGUCUGUAGACAUUAGAGAUGAGGAUAGGCUGAUAACACUUGGCUGUCUCAGAAGGGUCCAGCCCUCCUAAUGCUUGUAAACGUCUUGAUGCAAGCCACAUGAGGCUUUGCCAGGAUCCCACCCUGCUAAAUCUUGAUACCAGCCACACAUGAGGCUUUGCCAGGAUCCAGCCGUGCUAAAUCUUGAUACCAGCCACACAUGAGGCUUUGCCAGGAUCCAGCCCUGCUAAAUCUUGAUACCAGCCACACAUGAGGCUUUGCCAGGAUCCAGCCCUGCUAAUGCAUUUAACUUGUAAUGGCAAUAUGCCAUGUUUAGCUAGGAUUCAGUCCUUGCAGUAGUUUGUAGAUAUUUAACAUUUACCUGCUAAUGUUUACAACACCAUGUUUGGGCCUGUAUUUCACUGAUAUGUCUGGAAGUUGUCACAAUUAUAAACUCAAUCUGCCUCUGUCUGAAGCUAGAUUCUGGUAAUAUAUAUUUUUGUGCUGUAAGAUCACUGUUGAAAGUCAGUAUACUGAGGCUGAAAUCUACAGAAAAUAAUUACUCAAUAUAAGUUCCAACUUGAAGACUAAAAUAUAUUUGGUGCAGACUCUGAGCUGGUCUUUUACAGUGCACAGUCGAGUCCUUGAAUUAACAAAACCAAUAGUUUUACAACUUGAUGGCACUCAGCAUUUGCUUUGUCUCAUUUAUUGCAAUGAACACCAAUAUACCUCAAAGGGUAUUCCAAUAUGUUAAUUAUUUUAUUUACCUAAAAGUUUAAUAGAAAGUCUGGCAUGAAUAAUGGCUAUUGGCCGAGUCAUGUUACUGUAAAAACCCCGGGGUUUGUAUCAGGAGCAAACAGCAAACAGAUUGUGUACCAGUGACAUACAGCUGGACAAGAAUGUCUCUGUGGUAACCACAGAGUUACCACCCUUGGCCAAGCCAGGAUCCACAGGUUUAGAAAUCCAGAUUGAACCAAAUAUCAUAGCUGCUUUCACCGAACUGUUAGGUUAUCACUAAAUCCCAUAAUGUUGGCAUAGUAUUAUCAAAGUGGGUUUUACUUCACCCAUCUGAAUACCAUAUGGUCUUGUUUCCGUUCAGUGAAUGACCCAACACUCAGAUAUAACACUCAUCAGUGCAGGGUCACAAAGGUCUUAAACUAAUAUAUAAUUGUUUUCGUAUUUGAGGAUGCUCCCAGACUUUUUUGUUAAAGCAAGAGACAAACCAUGGUCAAUACUUCAGUCGUGUACUCAAUAUGUGAACCAAUCACCUCGUGCGUAAGGUUUAUAUGCUGGGCAGUGUAAAUACAUGUUGGUUUUUCAGUCCAGAAAAUAUUAGUUAUGGAAAUCAAAUAAACUCGACUGUUGCCUGAUAUUGAAGCAAUGUGUACAGUAGCUGGCUGCAUGGCACAUGCUGCAUGAGGAAUAUUGCACUUUGUGCAAUGUUAUUUUGCUCUUUGUUUCCUGAAGGGGUGGUGGGGUAGCCUAGUGGUUAAAGCGUUGGCUCGUCAUGCCGAAGACCCGGGUUCGAAUCCCCACAUGGGUACAAUGUGUGAAGCUCAUUUCUGGUGACCCCUGCCGUGAUGUUGCUGGAAUAUUGCUAAAAGCAGCGUAAAACCAAACUCAGUCAGUCAGUCAGUCUUUGUUUCCUCCUUGGUGGAACCAGGACCUAGCUUCAUUCAUUGGUUAUAAAUAGUGAUUACACUCCUGCCAAUGAAGACACACAAAGACACUGAAAUGAUUAUUAGUUCUGUACUGGAAGGAAUAUAACGCCAUGUUGAUACCAAGGUCCAGGUUGGAACUAUAUGUUUGUUUAACGAAGGGCGCAUUACAUCAAGAAGACACAUUUGUCUGGGUUUUUAUGUACUUAUUUUGAUAAAACAUUAAAAUUGAAGUGUAUAGAUUGUACCACUAUUGAGAAACAAAUGCAUUCUUGUGAGCAUUAUGAUCAAAAUGUGUUUGACAUGUGUUAAACAUUGAGGUCAGUUGUUGGGUGAAUGGGACGAAUGUAUGCCCAAAGUGAAUACAUACCAAAAAUUAGAUUGUCUGGUCCAGACUUACUUUUUGGGUAAUAAAUAAUAAGAUUGACGUUUUAUUGUUGGUAUGCCACUGAGUGCAGCGUUUAACAUCUAACAAUCACAUAAAACCAGUAUUCUGUUUUGAAAUGUUUUCGAAGAAAAUGAUAUGGGGAAAUAGGAGUCAUUUACCAGAUAGUUAAGGUAUGAAUAGACUUACAUUUUAUGGUAUGAAUUUGUUUUGGGCAUGAGUUCACUGCCUGCCUUUUAUCUUGUUUGUAGUUAUAACCUGCCUUUGAAUACUCAUCUAUUUGUUGACUUUUGUGAACAAUUUGUAUAGCACAUUAGUUUCAUAGUGCUUUUUAUCAUCUUUUGUGGAAUAUGCUGUAUUGAUGCACUGGAGGAAUUAUUUUGGUGUUAAUUAUUCUGUGAGUAAAUCUUAGCAGAACAUGUUUAUAAAUUAGACAUGGUGAAUUUGACGGUACUUGUGCUACCAUUUUUCUAAUUUGUAAAAAGAGUACAUAUAUUGUUGAACUUCUAUCGUACUAUUGUGGGUUACUGUGAGUGACCAAUCAUGUACAGAUUGCCAAAAUAAUUGGAUUUACACAUUGGUGUUUAUAUGAACACACUUUGGUUCUUUUUCUCUUUACAUUUCUUGUGUAAAAUUGAAGUUUUAAGGGAGAAACAAAAAGAAUUUGUCAUUAGCUUAUUUUUGAACAUUCACACCGUUGAUUGAACAGAAUUGUAUAUUGCAUAGGUUUUUGAUGGUGAAUGCAAAACAACAGUUUGACUUGUAGAUAUGAGCUCUGUAAGUACUAGAUAUUGUAUGACGUUAUCAGUGUCUUGUAUUUGUCAUAAAGCAAGAACAAAUAGUGCUGACUGCAUUGCUUCAUAAUGCUGCUUGGAAUACAGGUUUCAACACCAGCUAAUGUUUCAGUGAAGAAUAAGAUGUUUUUGUUAAAUGUGUGUCUGUCCAUUGAAUGAGGUCAUAUCACACAAACUAAGGAACGGUUAACAAAAUUGUCUUCAUUUGUGUGUGAACCAUGCACAUUUGAAUGCUAUAUUUGCUUUCUGUACUUCUGCUGUUUUGACUAAUGUUGACGGUUGCCUCAUGUGUCGCCACUAAUUUUCAGUAUAAUUCAGUUUGAUAACAUGCAUGAACUCAGCCAUGUGUUAAACAUUAGCUACUCACAACAUUUGCUCUCAUCCAUCUGCUUCAUAUUCUGAAUUGUGAAACAAAUAUUAUUUUUUCCAUUAUAUUCACAAACGAUUAGUGCUUUUCAAGGACAGGAACAAUGACAAACAUAUUAGACCACUUACUGGUCUUUCAAACAAGAGCAAAUUGUUGAACAGUAUGCUAUGCCAUAAUAAUAUUAUUUCUUGUGUGACAAAAUUAAUGCAUUAACAUUAUAGUUUUAGUACAAGAUAAUGCUUUGUGCUUCGAUACAAGGACAGUAGGUAAGGUCAUGUAUCAAUACAAAACUGUACAAGUGUGUGUAUAUGAGGACCAGUUCAACAGAAUGAAAAUGAAUUUUAUAAUACUAUUGACAUUAUGUACAGUUGCAUGGUAAAGUUUGAGCCUCUUUUGAUUCCCUGUGUUGUCUGAACAUUAACAAAGGAUAACAAUAUAUAGAUGAACAACUUCUUUAUUGCAGUGAGAGCGACGUUUCGGUGUAGGUUCUAACACUGUUAUCAAGCAAGUCACUUGCAAUAAAGUUGUUCAUCUGUAUAUUGUUAUCCUUCCUUACUGCUCCAACUUCUAAAAGUUGGCUGAACAUGUCUCCUAAUCAUGGCAUGUUGCCUACAGUGUUGCAGAUCAUGAUGACCUUACUGUCAGGGCAACAUUUGCCAGUUAACAUAUCACAACAAAGUGCAUUGUUACAGCUCAAAUUUAAAUCUUUCUUUCGUUCUUUUGCCUAAACCAAAUUCAAGUCAGGAUCACUGAUCAUAAACAUGUUAACAUACUGUCUCAUUCUGGUUGGAGUUACAUGCCCUUACCCUGCACAAAGUCCAAUAGGGAUAUGGGCCAGCCACCAGAUUCACAUUGUAUAGGUAACAGACAAGGAGGAAUCUUUUGGCCUGAGAGGUAUCCUCACAGUGUGCAUACUAGUGCAUCCUUAAACAUUAUAACACUAUUUCAGGAGUUGUUAGAAACAUUUACAUAUCGGCAUGCAAUGUAGGUUUGAUAGAUAGAAUUAGCUGAGCUAGUCAGUAGUUAAAUACCUCAUUGUGGAUAUCUUAAGAUGUCACAAUAUGUGUCAAGUAUGUAUUUUAGCUAAUAGCUGGGUAUUUGUUGAAAACAUUUCUGAUAUGAAUAACUUUAUUGUAGUUGCAAUAUGAGCAUAAUGUUGGCUCUUUUUUCAUACUGCAUAAUUUCACAAGUGAUAUUAGCUAACCUCAUUUUUGUGUGUGAUUUUGAAUCAAUUAUUGCAUACUUAGUACAACUUGCAUAUGAUGUACCCCUGGACAUGAAUAAACCUACUUAAUGAUAAAA